AUGCAGGGUCGGAGACACAGCAUGUGGGUGGAGGAAUUUGCAUGGAUUGAGGAUGUAUCGUUGCAACACGUCCACGAUGGGCGCAAGGAGAGCCUGGAUGGCUUUGUGAAGACCUUUGAGAAGCUGCCCACAACUGAUGGCUACCCUGGCAUCUAUGCCUUAGACUGUGAAAUGUGCUACACCAAGCAAGGCCUGGAGCUGACAAGAGUCACUGUGAUCAACUCUGACCUGAAGGUGGUCUAUGACACCUUUGUCAAACCAGACACCAAGGUGGUGGACUACAACACCAGAUUCUCAGGGGUGACAGAAGAGGACCUGGAGAACACAAGCAUCACCCUGAGGGAUGUCCAGGCUGUGCUACUCAACAUGUUCAGUGCAGACACCAUCCUGAUAGGGCACAGCUUGGAGAGUGACUUAUUUGCACUAAAGCUGAUCCAUGGCACCGUGGUGGACACUGCCAUCGUCUUCCCGCACCGCCUGGGGCUGCCCUACAAGCGAGCCCUGCGCACGCUGAUGGCCGACUACCUCAAGCGCAUCAUCCAGGACAGCGUUGGAGGGCAUGACUCGAGCGAGGACGCCAGGGCUUGCAUGGAGCUGAUGGUCUGGAAGAUCAAGGAAGAUGCCAAGGUGAAACGAUGACCUGGAGCCUCCUCUCCCUCCUCCACCUCU